AUGAAACACCGAUUGUAUAUAGCUAAUCGCCGCAAUGUGUGGUCGAUCGACGUGAUCGAGAGACGCUACGGUAGGCCCAUGACGCUCACGGAUUACGCGGCGUUUCUCCCAGCGAAUUUCACGCGCCUAUCCGCCGCGUAUCGAAGACCCUCGGGCGAUCUCGCGCUAUUCGCGGACGAUUCGAUCUACCUCGCGGAAUAUCCUAGCCUUAAGCUAAAAUCGGGUUGGCCGAGAUAUCUCCACGAUAUCGGACUUCCUCGAAAUGUUAAGAUUAACGCUGCGAUAAACACGCACACGAAACGAACCUAUGCGAUCUACGACGACGACAAGGUAGCGGAGAUUGACGAGUGCCGCAUGAUAGUCAUUAGACACGCUCCAUUAAAAGAUAUAUUUUCCGGAAUACCAACCGCGAUAACGUCAGCCUUUCGAUAUAUCGACGGCAAUCUAUAUUUUUUCGCCAAACGUCAAUUUUACGCCUUUAAACGAGCGAUAAUGUACACGACAAUGGGUUGGCCACCGCAACAGCAGCACUCAUUUGACAAUCGAUCGAGGCUAACUGAGUGA